AUGGCGUUGAAGGGACUAGCGCCCACGAUCCGCGAGUUCUUUCUUCCAGUGCAAUACGGUGUGUCGGUGCCGGGAGGCGCUGAAUGCAUCAUCCACACAGUGCGGUCGCUGCUACAAGAGAACGACAGCUAUGUUGCCCUACAGCUAGACGUGGAAAACGCGUUCAAUAGCGUCAAACGUGCGGUGUUCUUCAGGACGCUCUCACAGACAGACCUGCACCAGCUGCUACCGUUGGUCGGCACGCUCUAUGAUGGGCCGUCACGCCUUCUCGUCGAUCCGCGACUAGGCGUGGAGCACAUCACCUCUUCACGCGCAGUCCGCCAAGGGGACCCUCUUGGCCCGCUUUUGUUCGCAGCAGCCAUCCAGCCUACCCUACAGAGCGCGGAAUCUCUCGUCCCAGAGGUAGCAGUAGUCGCCUACGCGGACGAUAUCACCAUUGUCGGCCCCAUGGAUGCGGCCUGCAAGGUGUUCGACAUUAUCGUGACGGAACUAGCGAAGUGCAGGCUGCGAUGCAACAUCACCAAAUCCUCGGCCUGGAGCAGAUCAGUAGGGGUUGAGGGGAACACAGAGCUGCCACACGGGCUGGUGAUGAGCACGGAGGGGAUACGAGUGCUGGGGAGCCCCAUAGGAACUCCGGAGUUCUGCUGUGACCAGAUCCGUGCGGAGCUUGUUAAAGCGUCGGCUCCAGUGCCUCUCAUCGCACAGCUUCACCCCCUGCACGCGCUUCUCCUCCUCUCCCGCAGCAUCUCCCGCCGCAUCUCUUACCUCCUGCGCACAACACCGAGCGAGACACUAGAUAGGGACGAGUGGAGGGCCUGGGGUGAGUCCUUGGUCGGUGCCUCACUUGCUGCGGCGAUGCUACGAAUCCCUACCACGGAGCUGGAACGGAGCCUGCUCUGGCGGCAGGCGACUUUACCUGUGCGCUUGGGCGGCCUGGGCAUCGUCGACCCUAUCUCAGAAGCCCCAGCGGCGUACAUCGCCUCAGUGACGGCGGCACGGCAACUGCUACACCAGAUGCACCUGUCCGAGGUGCACCUCCUGAGCAGAGCUACCGUGCUCCUCUCUCAUGACUGGGCACCUGAUCCGCCGCUGGUGAACAGGCUGUCAGCAGGAGGAGAAGACGCGACUCCGCCAGAGGCGGAAAUGGACGACCUGGAUGCGCUCGCGGCGGACAUUCCUUGCGACACGCUUGCAGCCGUUCAUUUCCUCCGCGCCUCCUUCCCUCCAUCACUCUCCAAGGUCGCAUCCUCCCUACCUCCCUUCGCCCUUCUCUCCCAAAUCUACACCGUGGUACCGCACCGAACCACUGUGGACCGAGAGCUUGAGAUGCUGCAAAGGAGUGGGUCGGUGCGGGUGAUUCGCCUCAUGUCGGCUCGAACUGACAUUGCUGUGCUGUUGUCUCAGGACUACGCCCAAGUGGUGAGAGCAUCACUGCUAUGCUUCUUGCCUGAAAACCCAAUGUCUUUAUGA